AGGUGGGAAAGAAACAAGACAUCGAAAAUUGAGAAGGGCCCGAGUACGUACCGAAGCACAAUACAAUAGCACAAUACAACGAUCGAUUCUGUCGAGAUUCAUUUACUGAAAUUCGAUAACAGUUUUCACCAAACAGAUUCUGYUCCGGUUGAUUCACCAUGGGCCCUAAGCUCAAACCGCCGUCUCGGCACGAUGCCAUCGGCAUCCCGAUUUUCGGUAUGCACUGGUACGGUGACCCCGGCGACGGAACUUCAWUCUUGGCGUAUUGUGGGGGUGGAGGCAGUGCCGCGACGGGCGUAAAAAACAAGUUGUACAUCGAGAUUGCGGACGAUGACCAAUCGCAGGAGCAACAGCAGCCCCAGGGAGGCACAAAUGACGAGGAGCCAAUCAUUGUCGAGACGGGUGAUCAGCUGGGUGUGGCCAUCAACAUCGCAAAGAACCCGAUCACGAAAMAAAUCAGCUUGUUUUUAGCGCUGGGCACGAAGAUCAACGUCUAUUCCCUCCCGGAAGCGAAACUAGAACAAGAAUUGUCGGUUGGGGCAACCGUUCACGCGAUCGGCGUCAAUGCCAUGGCGAAUGCGAUCGCACUGGGCUGCGAAAACGGAUCGAUYAUAGUGCACGAAAUCGUUGAGGACUACCGCGUCAAGGAACUCCCUUCCUACACUUGCGACGAGGGUCCCGAUGUCGGACACACGAAGCCGAUUUGCUCCGUUGCCUUUGCGCCAAGGUCGAACGAUCUGAUCGCCUCCAGCUCUAAGGACGGGACCGCCCGUGUCUGGAAAGGAAACAAGUGCAUCAGCGUCUUGAAGUGCAGCAUCGUAGAUCCCAAGGCACCGCCACCACCCAAAAACAGACAAAAACGUAUACAGACGGUAAUGGUGCGGGGAUGUGCGUUUGGAGAUCUGGAAGGCAAGCURGUAUACACUGUUGCGUCGGGGAAACGAGGCAAGGCGUUCUUAUCCAAGUGGGGACUCGAUGAAAAAGAAAAUCAAUACCAGUGCUUCGAGCGAACGGCCUGUUCGGAUCAUCCGGUAUCGGCCAUGUCCAUGUCGGCCGAUGCCACCACAAUAGCACUGGGAAACGCCGAUGGAACAAUCUAUCUGUGGGACCUGSUCAAGUGGAAGGUCGCCAAACAAUUUCCAAACGUUCACGARUUUCCAGUAACAUGCAUCGCUGCACGACCGUACGAUCUUCCACUGAAGGGCGAGGACAAGAUCGGAAUCCGUUUCAACGCAAUGAGUGCCUCGGCSGACGCGCAAUUGGCGAGRCUGACCACGCAACGAAAGGUGCCGAAGAGCGCCGCCGAUAGAAAUGCUCCCGGAUUCCCACUCGAUGAAUGGCUAAAUUGGCUGAUCAAAUGGCUUGUGAUCGUAUGGCUAGUAUCGCCUCUGGCCAGGGACGCCUGGGAUCAGUGUGGAAGCGRAAGCGAUGUCGUUGGGGUCGGCGCGAAACUGAAGUGUGUGAAAGACAAAGUCAUCAUUGCUCCGCAUUCGUCACCGGGGAUUUCAGUUCCACCUCAUUAGUAGAGAUCAGGGACGAACCGGUAAGUUGGAUUUGGACGCAACGGCGUUUCAAUGCCGUGGAUGCGCUUUGGCUGCACCAUUUCAUAAUACAUGGAGUGCAUUCUAGAAGAACUAUUAARAAAUAGAGAUGUUGGUUCAUCAGCAUCCGAGUUAUUCGUACGUAGUGAAGAAAAUGCAUUAWAAUAUAUUUAUUAGAAUAAUAAACUAAGUGCCGCAUUGUUCAGAAAUGUGCGUGUGUGUGGAUUCCCUUUUUGCAUUUUGGCUACAAUCUAUUGGAAGAWGUGGUGUGGUAUUGUUACAAGAUCGAAACAGUGUUCCAUAGUUGUGCAUUUUCGGAUUUUUUGACUCGUUUCGAUUGAACUAUCAGAUUCAUUUUAUAUCACCCCAGUGGGUUUACAAUUCUUGCCCGGCGGCGGCCGAAGCGCGAACACUGCUGAGAAAGCCAAGCAGGGCUUCUGCACCUUCCGCUCCUGUAGUAUCCGGAGCCGUGGUAAUACUCGUCYUCAUGCGUUUAUCGGCUGGUUCAAGUGUUGGUGAUACAUGAGCCGAAGAAGAGUGCUUUGAUAUUGUUCCAACCAUGCCGGAGUUCGAAAGUGUAGCUGUUAUUGUAUUUGUGGUGUUCGCGUUGUUGUUCGUUGUUCGGUAAACAGGGGUACUUGUCGAUGCUGAUGUUUGAAGUAAURCAUUUGGCAAACCGGCAGUAGUCUGCUGUAUGAUAGGUCCUUCGUAUAUGAGUCUUUGUACUUCUUUCAUUUGAUGUUCCAAAGAGUCUUCCGCACUGCUUUGGGUGCUUGUACUUCCAUCCUUGUUGUUCUCUUGUUGCGAUGUCCCUGUACAAWUUUUUCCUCUAAAAGAAGAAUUGGUUUGAUUUCCGUUAUCAAAUUUUCCCAUUAGAAUGACAUUGGCUCGGUCAAGCCACGUUGCGGCUUGGGUCACUGCCGAUUGCUGCAAUUGACUAUCGGAUGGAUUUUGUGAGCUGGAACCUAGCAUCGAGACAGGAACCCCUUGCACCGUCACCGCGCCCCUGUUUGCAGCGUUCGCCGCCGCCGCAGAAGCAGCUGCCUUUUUCGCCGAUUCGCGCUGUUGCAUUUCAAGUCGCCGC